AUGAGUAGAGUAGAGCGCCAGCUGGGCUUAGUGAACGGCCUCGAAAAUGAUGGAUGUGCUGAAUCUGAGAGGACUCCUGAGGCGCUUGGUAAUGGCGAGUCCUCCCUCAGACAAGAGAUAACCCCGGUGCAGGAAUCAAGCGCUCGAGUUCGAAGUCCACGGCCGCAAGUCCCGACCUUCUCUGGAGAGACAUCCAUUGCCCAUAGCCUCACGGUUGUCGAGGGACGACUGGAACAGAUGGGCGUGCAAUAUAAAAGACUUCGCUCCGCAUCGCCAAGCCAACAAUUCACAUCACAACUUACGCCUUCACCGAAUGAACGACCAGAAUAUCUAUCAGAGCGAAAUACGAGCUUCAUUCAAAGGGUUCUGGAUAUGCAUCGCAUCGUACCAGACCGUCGCCAAUGGGAUGGUCUUUUGCGCACUUUUUGUGACGAGGUGCAUAUUCUUGUGCCGUUCCUCCAUCUUCAUAGUUUGUGGCAUCUUCAUGAUGAGUUCUGGAAGCGUGGCUGGAAUGAAGGGUUCCAAGACCAACCAGAGAACGGCAGCUACCGAGUGCAAGCUGCCCAGGUUCUACUUGGUAUCGCAAACGGAAGAUGUGUUGAAUCAUCGCGAUUGGAAGACGACGGAGGCCCUUAUUCCGCUGGCUGGAGCCUUUACAGCGCUGCCAGGGAUAUAUUUGGUGACCUCAUUGACGGAUUUCGACAGUCUGCGGACCAAGUCCUUGUCCUACAGACAGUUGUUUUGAUGGUAGUUUACCUAUUUCGUCUCGAUGCGCACGGAUCGGCUGAGAAAAUACUGGCCCUUGCUAUAUCGCACGCGCAUCAUAUUGGCCUUCAUAGGGAGCGGGUUGUCAGUGCAAUGUCUGCAUUUCAGGGCGAAAUGGCUCGCCGCUUGUGGUGGUGCAUCUACCUGUUGGAUCGAAGAUUGGCCAUCGAAACCGGCCGUCCAUUCCUCAUCCAGGACAUAAAUGUUGACGUGGGACUCCCCGGCAAUGUUAGUGACGAAUGGCUCACUACCAACAAGACAACCCAGCUUGCGAUGAACGCCAAUACGUCAACCAAGGAACAAAUUCCCACUUCGGUCCCGUACCUCAUUGCUAUGGCUAGCUAUUCCAAAGUCAUUGGAAAGGUGUGGGAGGCUCUAUACGGGGCUAACACAUCUGAGUCAACCCCAAGCCCUUUGCUCAACGAGUAUCUUGAGCAUCUAACAACCCAGUCGCAGCGGGGUCUUCAAAAGGAGUUUACUCACGACCCAUAUCAUGAAGAUAAAUAUGACAGUGAAGGUUUGGCCUGGUGGCAAGUGAAGCAACAUCUCAUGAUGCGCAUACGAUGGUGCUCACUCUAUCUUUUGAUUCGCAAGCCCAUGCUUCGAAAAACGCGAAGUAACCACAAUUUACCACCCGAGGCAAUCAAGAACGAAGUCAUCUGUAUGCACCUGGCUCAGAGAAUCAUCGAUGACUUUAGAAACGUACCAGAAGAUCACCCUAAGUACACGUUUCCAUUUUUGCAUUACCUGACCAGUGCUACGAUAAUUGCACUUGGACUUAUCAUCAAACAACCUUCAUUUAGAAGCUCCUAUGGAGCUCUAACGCUCAGGGCCACCCAAUCCCUCAAAGAACAUUGUCGCAAGACAUGGAUGUCGGGUAAAAUGGUGCAAACAGUAUGGAAACUGAAUCAAAUUGCAGAUGCAAUCUUAAGUUCCAAUGAUCUACCGCUAGACCGCAGGUCUCACUUUGCAGAUGGUGCAAGCGGCGUGUCUGCGAGCAAAGCUUUGGCCCAGCCAAAUUCAAAGAACGAAAGACGUCCAUCUAAACACUCCAAGAUGGUAAAUUUAAUCAAUCAACCGACAAUGUCUUCUCCAGCACCUCCACUGGAACCUCAGAGUCACAUCAACAUCAUUGCCAACCCCUAUGUUCGGUCAGAGCCGGGCACCGGGUCGAUUUCAGGAGUCAAGGAAACGCAGAAUUACCAAAGGAUUGACCCAACACGAGAAGGAGCCGGCGCUGUCUCAUCGAUGUUGAACUUUGGUGGUGACCGUCCUCCAACCUUGGAGGAUGCCAGCUCUCGAGGACCACAGGACUUCCCAUAUCCCACAGCAGACAUGCGUAAUGAAACAGAAUCCUAUGUUAGAAUGAGGGGCGAAGCGGAUACUCAAAGCAGUCGUGAUGAUUAUGGAGCUAUUUCGUCACAAAUGUACGAGUUUGUGCCGCCUGAAGGGGGGCUAGAUGCUCCAUUACCCGGAGAAAUGAUCAACGGUGGAAUGGAAUGGCUACAGUCUUUGUUUUCUAAUGGCAUCGAUACACAGAUUCUCCCUGUGUGGGAUUGA